AUGCUGAUUCUGAUACUUAUUGGUCUGGUGCUUUGCAGAGAGAAUGCAGUAAUACUGAUUUUAUGCAGAAAUGGAGACAAGGAUGGGAUAACAGGGAGUAUAAAGAAUUUUGAGGAAGUAUUCAACAGGAAGUUUGGAUACCCGUAUGUGUUUCUGAAUGAUGAGGAGUUUACGGAAGACUUCAAGAGAUCGAUCAGAGAGGUUGUGUCGAGUGAUGUUGAGUUUGGAAAGCUGGAGGCACAUGAGUGGGAGGUUCCUGAAUGGAUAGAUAUGCAGCGUGCAAACGAGGAGAUGAGGAAGAUGGAGGAGAGGAAGGUGAUAUAUGGAGGAUCACUGUCAUAUAGGAAGAUGUGCAGGUUUUUUUCGGGAUUUUUCUAUAGAAAUAAGUUAGUACAAAAGUACGAAUAUUACUGGAGGAUUGAACCUGAUGUAAGAUUUCUCUGUGAAAUAGACUAUGAUCCGUUCAGGUACAUGAGGGAAAGCAACAAGAAGUAUGGGUUUGUGAUAUCUCUCGGAGAGUUUAUGGAGACGAUUCCCAAUCUAUUUGGAGAGGUUGUAAAGUUUAUUACCAACAAUAUGAAUAUAAUGAAGAAGGUGAAUGGAAACAAUUUUUUGCUAAAUGCAGACAAGUCGUACAACGGAUGCCAUUUCUGGACAAAUUUUGAAAUAGCAAGUUUUGAUAUUUUCAGGAACGAUGUUUAUCAGAAGUACUUUGACUGGUUGGAUAAGGCAGGAGGGUUUUUCUAUGAAAGAUGGGGAGAUGCGCCUGUUCACAGCAUUGCUGCAUCGCUAUUUUUGGACAAGAAUCAGGUGCAUUUUUUCAGCGACAUGGGAUAUGAGCAUCCUCCAUUCAAGAAUUGUCCAAAGGAGGCCUCUAUGAAGAUGAAGUGCAAAUGUGACUCCACGCCUUCACAAGACAUUUCAUUUAAUGCAUGUAUUAACCAGUACCUGAGGUCUAGGUUAUGA